UGAUGGAUUCUUUUGGAUUUGAUCAUCAGAUUCCAGAAAAUCAUCAAAAAUUUUGUUUUCCUUGAAUCAAUCAAUGUCAAAUCAAAUUGAAAAAAAUGUCCGAAAAUUUUGAUAUAAAAUGUUUUGAAAUCAUACCAAUAUUGGAUGAUGAUAUCAAGAUUAAUGAUAAAAUUUCUGUACAGAUCACCUGUUUAGAAGUUUAUAAUCAUGAUGUUUAUCUUGGUACAAUCGAUUCAUUUGUUUUGUGCUACCCGAAUCUACUGCAAUCAUCGACAUCGAAAACAUCGUUGGAAAAUCGAAUUGUAAAAUAUUUGGGUUUAAAAAAACCGGUAAAUAAACUGAAAAUCCUCCCGAUAUUGAAUCGUUUGAUUUGUCAUUGUGAUAAUCAAUUGUUAAUGAUGAAUUCAUCCACAACCACCAAUUUUGAAUUAAUAUCAACAUUUCGUUUACGUAAUAUUUUUGCAUUCACAUUGAACGAAUCACCCGUUACAAUGGAUCCAUUUCAAUUGGAAAUCUGUUUGGCUAAACGUAAAUUGAUUCAAAUUGGUUUGAUAAACGGAGAUAAACUAACCUUGUUGAAAGAAAUUAAUCUUACGGAACAACCAUUAAUAAUGUCAAUGGAUGGUUAUUUUAUCUGCAUGGCAUCCAUUUCAAAUUAUUUUAUUAUCAAUUGGAUGGAUGGAUCUCAACAACAGUUAUGUGUUAACCCUUAUGAACCAUCAUCAUCCCAAUAUCAAUUACCAAUUUGUAAAUAUAUAUCACGUAAUGAAUUUUUAAUUAAUGGACCUUCGAAUUUGGGUGUUUUUAUAAAAACUUCCGGUAUUUCGGAACGUCCACCAAUCAAUUGGGGCCCGGAGGUUUUACAAAUUGCUUAUUCAUAUCCAUAUAUUUUAUGUUUAAAAUCUGGAAAAAUAUCCAUAAUCAAUAUUAUUGAUCAAAAAAUUAAAGAAGAAUUUCUUUUGGAAAAUGGAUUGGAUAUGGAUAAUUUUGAUGGCCAGAUUAUUGUUGUAACAAAACAAUCACGUAUUUAUCAAAUGAAACGUUGUUCAUGGCAAAAACAAUUCAAUGAAUUAUUAUCAAGGGAAAAAACACAAGAAGCAAUUGAUUUAUAUGAAAAUCUUUAUCAAUCAGGUAUGAUGACUAUCGAAGAAUAUCAACGUUUGGAAUUGAUAAAAUUACAUGCGGGUUUUAUUGAAUUGAAAAAUGGAAAUUUUCAACAAGCUCGAAGGUUUCUAUUCGAUGGUCAUUGUGAUAUUGAUUUGUUGUUGAGUUUGAAUGAAAAUCUUGAAAAAAGAUUAAAAAUAACAGCAACAACAGCGAUGAACGAUGAAAAUAUUCAAACGUUAUUGGAUAAGAUCCGUAAAGAAUUGGAUAAAACGCAAAUCAAUCAAUUUCUUAUCGAUUAUAUUGAUUUGAUCCAAAGUAAUGAUCUGGAUCAAACUGAUUUCAAACGAAUCCGUACAGCAAAAUUAUUAUUAUUAUUGGAAAAUUUAUCAUGCGAUUCUUCAAAUUCUGAAUUGAUAAGGAAAUUUUUUCGGGAAAAUUCCUCGGAUAAUUAUUAUUGCGAACUUAUUGAACGUUAUUUGAUUGAAAAUAACCUUCAUUAUCAUCGGGCUUUGUAUUAUAAAUCCAGAAAUCAGCUGGAAAAAUCUGUAGAAAUAUUUCGGAAAUUGGAAAAAUCCGAAAUUGAUGAUAAAUAUUAUCCAGGUAUCGAAGAAUUAAUUCAAUUAUUAAUCAAAUGUUCAAAUGUCCAGUUGAUUAUGAAUCAUGUUGAAUUUAUAAUGGAAAAAAAUCAACUAGAAGGUUCCCGAAUUUUGAUUGCAAACACCCGGUUUGAAAAUGAUAAAUUCACAAUACUUAACCCUGAAUUUGUUAUUAGAAAUUUAUAUCGAUAUCGUAUGGCAUUGAUAAAAUAUCUGGAAUAUUUAAUCAAUGAAAUGCAAUUAACGAAUGAAAAUAUUCAUACAACAUUAAUAAGAAUUUAUAUUGAAAUUCUUUCCAUACAAUAUGAAAAUGAAGAAGAAAAUUCCAGUUUUUAUAAAGAAAUUAAAGAAAAAUUACAACAAAUAUUAUUAGAAUCGGAUUAUUAUGAUCAAAAAAUUAUUGAAAAAUAUUUAUCGAAUGUUAAUUUGGAUUAUGAAAUGGCAAUAUUAAUGGGAAAAAUGGGUAAACAUCGCGAAGCAUUUGAAAUCUAUUUGAAUGAUCAACAUUUAGAUUAUCACCAGGCAUUGCGACAUUGUAUUGAAUAUGGUCGACGACAAACAAAUCAAAAAGAUGAUGAUAAUCAUCAUAAAAUCUAUCAAACAUUAUUAAAAAUUUAUUUGGAUUUAUAUCGAAAAAAUGGUCCGGAAGUAAUGAAACCAUUAUUAAAUUUUGUAAAUCAUCCGGAAUGUCAUUUUGAUAUGAUUGAAACAUUGAAAAUAUUACCCGAUGAAUGGCCAUUAAAAUUAAUUUAUUUAAAUUUAUUUAAUAAUCUAAAUCGAUUUUAUAAUCAAAAAUUUCAAUCAUCAUUUGGAUGUUUAUUAGCUAAAUCUAUGGCCGAACAACUUAAACAACAGCAAAAAUUACGAAAAACAGAAAAUAAGUCGAUCCGGAUUGAUCGUAACAGUGAAUGUUUUCUAUGUCAUACAAAAUUGAUUGAUUCAAAAUUUGUUUGGUUACCAUCAACGAAUGGAUCAAAAAAUGGAUUAAUUGUACAUGAUUUUUGUUAUUAUAAUAGGAUUUUACAAAAUAAUAAUAAUAAUGAUAAUGGCGUUGGUGGUGGUGGUGGUGGUGGUGGUGGCGAUGUUUUGAUUGAUUGA